CAAACAUGUUGACUUUUCUAUUUUCUGUACUAAUUACCAUCCUUACUAUAAGUAAUGCCUCUAAUACAAACAGGAUUAUUGGAGGCAAAUUUGCAAAUCCUGGACAGUUUCCCCAUCAAGUGUCAAUGCAACUUAAUGGACGUCAUCAUUGUGGAGGAUCUCUUAUAUCUGAAACUUUUAUCGUAACUGCUGCUCAUUGCACAAUUCAUCAGUCAACGAGUCAAAUGAUGAUUGUUGUUGGAACGAACGAUCUUAAGUCAGGGGGAACUCAAGCCCAAGUUUCUAAAUUUAUCAUUCAUCCACAAUAUAAUCCAAAAUCCCAGGAUUUUGACAUAUCUUUGGUUAUGUUGAGUGCUCCGGUUACCUUUGGACAAAACGUGAAGGCAAUUGAAAUGGCUGAUGCUGAAUCAAACCAUCCGGCAGAUACUUUGGCCACCAUAAGUGGUUUUGGAGCUAUCAAUGGAAAUUUGGAACUUCCAAAUAUGCUUAAAUAUGCUCAAGUUCAACUCUGGAGUCGUGAUUAUUGUAAUCCGAAAAAUAUUCCUGGAAUUACUGAUCGAAUGAUUUGUGCUGGACAUCCUAGUGGUCAGGUGGGUGCUUGUCAAGGAGACUCAGGUGGUCCUUUGACUGUGGACAAUAAACUAUUUGGUGUUGUGUCGUGGGGCUUUGGUUGUGGUUCACCUGGCAAACCAGCUAUGUACACGUUUGUGGGAGGCCUACGAUCAUGGAUUAAGCAAGUUUCGAAUGUUUGAAAAUAAAAAAUG